GUCAACCCUGACUCGCCCUUUGCCGAGUCGGCAGGAUCCAACCCGAUGGACAAGUUCAAGACUAUCACUCCUGCACUCCACGAUUACGGCACCUAUCUCGUAUCUUGUCUUCCCAAGUACAUUCAACAAUUCUCGGUGGUAAAGGACGAGUUGACGCUGUAUGUAGCGCCAGCCUCUGUCAUUCCCACGCUGCAGUUCCUUCGUGAUCACACGCAAACGCAGUUCAAGGCGCUCAUGGAUGUCUCGGGAGCGGACUAUCCUACCCGCAGUCAGCGCUUCGAGGUGAUCUAUCACCUCUUGUCUGUGCGACACAAUGCUCGCAUCCGGGUCAAGACAUACGCGGACGAAGUCACUCCGGUCCCAUCUGCCACUGCUCUCUUCCACAGCGCCGAUUGGUACGAGCGGGAAGUUUACGAUAUGUACGGCGUCUUUUUCGUGGGCCACCCCGAUCUGAGAAGGAUCUUGACGGAUUACGGUUUCGAGGGCCACCCGCUCAGAAAGGAUUUCCCAUUGUCUGGCUACUCUGAAGUCAGAUGGGACGAGGAGAGAAAGAGGAUCGUGACGGAACCGCUGCAAUUGACGCAGGCGUUUAGAGACUUUUCGGGAACGAGUCCGUGGGAGCAGAUCGGAGAGGGUCAGGAUUACACUCCAAACGCUUUCAAGCUCACCCCUCCCAAGGAACCCGAGGGCGACGACAAGGGCAAGAAGUAG